AGAUUCUAAUGACAAUAAGCCGGUGGGUUUGGCAGACGAGGAGGAUUUGGCAAAGAUGGGGUGCCCCAGUCUUGGGGAACACACCACACUGGAGGUAGUCAUCGAGGAGUCCUACGAGUUCAAGAACACAGUGGAUAAGCUGAUCAAGAAGACUAACCUGGCUCUGGUGGUGGGGAGCAGCAGCUGGAGGGAGCAGUUUGUGAGCGCCGUGACUGUCAGCGCAGGCGAUGACGAUGAGGAGGAGAGUGGCGAGGAGCGGCUGCCCUCCUGCUUCGACUACAUCAUGCACUUCCUGACGGUGUUCUGGAAGGUUCUGUUCGCCUUCGUGCCGCCCACCGAGUACUGGAAUGGCUGGGCCUGCUUCAUCGUGUCCAUCUCCCUCAUCGGCCUCCUGACGGCCGUCACCGGAGACCUCGCAUCACACUUCGGCUGCACCGUCGGCCUCAAGGACUCCGUCACCGCCGUGGUGUUUGUGGCCCUCGGGACAUCCGUACCAGACACCUUUGCCAGUAAAGUGGCAGCCAUCCAGGACCAGUACGCCGACGCGUCCAUCGGCAACGUGACGGGAAGCAAUGCCGUCAACGUGUUCCUGGGCAUCGGCGUGGCGUGGACCAUCGCCGCCGUCUACUGGCAAAGCAAGGGCAAGCCCUUCCUCGUGCCGCCGGGCUCGCUGGCCUUCUCUGUGACCCUCUUCACCAUCCUGGCGCUGGUGUGUGUGACAAUUCUGCUGUACCGCCGGCGGCCGGGGGUGGCCGGCGCGGAGCUGGGUGGGCCGCGCACCGCCAAGCUCAUCACAACCGCGAUCUUCGUCUCCUUCUGGCUCCUCUACAUCCUGAUGUCCUCGCUCGACGCCUACUGCUACUUGCCCACGUUCUGAGCAGGGGGCGGGGGGAGAUGGAGAGAGGAAGAGUGAAAGAGGGCAGCAGAGAGGAAGAGAUGAAGAUGGAUGGAGUGAUAGAUGGAGUGGAGAAAGUUAAGAAGAAAGUCAUACAGAAAGAGAGGAAAGGGGUGAUGCUGGGAUCACACUGAAAAUAACAAAACAAACGCUCAUAAUAAUUCUAUUUAGUUUAAACAAAGUUUUAUCUCGUUGCCAAGCGAUGUGAAGUACUAAUUUCUGUAGAAAGAAAGAAAUGUCCCGCCCCUGUAAAGAAUCGUAUGCUUUGAAUGGUCAGAAUGCCUGAAACGCUGCUAGGAUGCAUUCAACUGACGUUGAGGAGUAUGCUGAUGUGCUCAGGAAGCUGAGCCAAGUUCAACUCGAAUCAACGCUGUGCUCCCACGUCACUAGCGUAGCUAAUGUCACUAGCGUAGCUAGCAUAAUUAGCGUAACUAGUGUCACUAGCGUAGCUAGCAUAAUUAGCGUAGCUAGCAUAAUUUGCGUAGCUAGCAUAAUUAGCGUUGCUAACAUAAUUAGCGUAACUAGCAUAGCUAGCUGUGUAAACCCUAGCAAACAAUAGAAAAUGUACCACUUUUACCGCUGCUACCGGUGGCCAGUGUGAUCCAGUGUGUGUGUGAGAGAGAGGAGGAAUGAAAAGUUUUAUCUUAUUUUAAUAAUAAAAAAUAAAAGAGAGGGAAGGAACAAAAAGUUCAAAUGAAGGAGUGACUAAGGCACAAGGAAAGUGACGGGUUCAGAGAAUAAGAGCACGGAAACGGAACAGAAUCAACAGCUCUUUCUCUCCCUCCCUCCUUCUCUCACUCUUCCUCUCUGUGGCCAUGUAUAUCUAUCAGUGUUCCAGUGCAGUGUUUACAUUAGGAGUUAAUAUGAUGGUCCUGACGCCGGCGUGCGUGGGGGCUACUACUACUACCCCGCGAUGAGGCGCUUUCACCUCGUCACACGCAGAACUCACACUAUUCCUUUAUCUGUUUAUUUACUGGCAUAUUUAUUAAGGUUCUCUGUCUGAAAACAAACAAACAAACAAACAUUGUCCUUCUCUUUCUCCACUUCCUUUCCUCCAUGUCUGAGAAGACGAGAAGUUUACAGCGAAGCAUCGCCGAGAUGCCGACUCACCAUUCCCUUUUUUGUCCCUUCUUGCUAUCCAUAGUCCCUCUUCUUUAAUGCCUGCUGCCAUGCCCCCAGGCCUUCUUUUUUUAUAUUGUCAGGUGUCAUGUGCUUGUCUAGUGAAAUGCUUUUUUGAAAACUAGUACUGUGUUUGGGUUCCAAAUGAGGUGAGGGGUUUAGGGUUUAACAUUGCCAUGAAGGAGUGUUCAGAUCUGGACUUCCCUCACACUAACGCUGUGUGAGCAGGACCCACAUUGACACUGGUUCUGGUUCUUGGUUCUGGUUAAGGUUCUGGCUGAAACGGCGCCUGGAUCCUGUUUUAGAUUCAGCCGUUAGCUGGGGGAGGUGUAGGGGUGGGAGGGGUCCACCUGCGUUACUAUUAUUACAGACGGAACCAACUGAGACCAAACCAAUGCCCAGAUAAGCAGGAGGAGACCUCACAGCAACACGUUGAUGUUUAUUAAGAAGACUAUGACUAUUGAUAUUCCUUAUCUAUGUAUCUAUAUAUCUCUCUCUCUCUAUAUAUAUAUAUAUAUGUGUGUGUGUGUGUGUGUGAUGGGGAGGG